AUUUUGGCUUUUACUUUGCAGGGUGCAGAUGAUUCGCUGGAUUCGUCGCAGCAUACGGAGAGUGUAAUAUCCCCUCCUGCAUCUAGCAAAAAACGCCCUCGAUCUUGUACAGAGCCACAAAACAAGGAACAUGAACUUCUUAGUGCAGCAACACAGGCACUAAAACAAAUUACGCCAAGCAAAUCCAAUGAUCAAGAUGAAGCGGUUUGUAACUUUCUCAAAGCGCAAUUAUCAAAUUUGCUUAGUGAAAUAAAAGAUGAACUAAUUGAGGAGAUCACACUUAUGCUUUUUGAAGCCAAGAAGAGGCAAAGAAUGUCAAAUGAUAAAGACGAUUUAAUACUUCCAUAAGAUGACUUACUUAGUUUCUAA